CUUGUAGUCAACAGCUAUAAAAUGCCCCUGAAAUGAGCACAGUGUUAGUUCAUUCGCCUCUUCACCAAAGAUGGAUCUUCAAGUCUCUUUUGUGCUGCUUUUCAUUCUUUUCACUGGAGGAUACUCUCUAAACUGUAAAACAUGCAUACCAGACCUGACGGGUACUUGCAUAGAACAAACGGAGACAUGCUUUAGUGGAUUUUCAGAGUGUAUAAGUUCAAAAGUGAAAAUAACUGGUGUCUCUACUGUGGACAUAAAACUAAAAACUUGUGCUCUGCCGAGUUAUUGUCAAAUUGGGAACAUGAACCUCGGUGACAUUAAGAUUUCUUCUAUAUGCUGCAACACUGACAACUGUAAUAACAAAGAUGCUCCAGAUCCCAGCUCUACCCCCAAUGGGAAGCAGUGUUACUCUUGCAAUGGACCAAACUGCUCAAACGUGUUGAAAUGUUCAGGGAAUGAAGACUACUGCGUUAAAGCGACAGGGUCUUUUCCCAGUGUGUCAGCUACUGUAAAAGGAUGUGUCUCUAAAUCUUUCUGUGAUGCCGCAACAUCGAUUCCAAAUCUUGUGGAUGUCAAAUGCUGUCAGGGGAACCUGUGUAACAGUGCAAAGAGCUUCACCCAGAGCUUCAUGCUUCUCUUGUUGCCACUGUUCUCCUACACCCUGUUUCACUGA